AGAGAUCGCGGGUCUUGGUCCAGCCCCUUUCGCCUUCCUCUAGCGCUGCGAUGGAUGUUUGCGAUCGCAGCUGAUUCACCGGGAGAGCGGCUCAAGAUCCGCGAGGCUGCGCGUGCUCUCGCUUCCUCGGGAGCCAGCCGCCCGGAAUCUCUGUUGUCCCGACGAUGUGAAAUCCCGGCUUGGCUCCCGUCGAUUGCAGAGCUAAAGGCUUUCCAAAACACCGUUCCCUGGCACACCAACUAAUAACUGUAAAGCUGCCAGUGCAGGAAUGAGGUUUUAUCACACCUGUAAACUACCUGGAAGAAUUAUGGGGGUCCGGCUACUUCACUUCUCUUCUGUUGUGAUCCUGCUGUUGCUGCUUGUGGCAGGUGCGUUAACUGCUUUGCUGCCAAAUAUUAAGGAAGACAAAAUGCUCAAUUUGCGGAGGGAAAGAAAAUCACAGAGCCAGAUCGUCUCGGAUUCCUUUACUCUCAUUAUGCAGACGUACAAUCGAACCGACCUUCUGCUGAAGCUUUUGAAUCAUUACCAAGCUAUCCCUCAUUUGCACAAAGUGAUUGUUGUGUGGAAUAACAUUGGAGAGAAAGCCCCUGAAGAAAUUUGGAACUCCCUGGGACCGCACCCCGUCCCAGUUAUCUUCAAGACACAGACAGUAAAUCGCAUGAGGAACAGGCUUCAGGUUUUUCCCGAGCUGGAAACAAAAGCUGUUUUGAUGAUGGAUGAUGAUACGCUAGUUAGCGCCCAUGACCUAGUUUUCGCUUUCUCCAUUUGGCAGCAAUUCCCAGAUCAGAUAGUGGGUUUUGUUCCUCGAAAGCACUUGCCCAGCUCUUCGGGGAUAUACAGCUACGGAAGCUUUGAACUGCAGAGUCCUGGCAAUGGCAACGGAGACCAGUAUUCCAUGAUUCUCGUAGGAGCAGCCUUCUUCAGCAGUGAAUACCUCGAACUCUUUCAAAAACAGCCUGAAGCUGUGCACGCCAUGAUAGACGAGACUCAGAACUGUGAUGAUAUUGCCAUGAAUUUCUUAGUGGCCAAACAUACUGGGAAGCCCCCGGGCAUGUUUGUGAAGCCAGUCGACAUCAGAAAUUUGGAGAAAGAGAGUAACAGCGGCUAUUCUGGAAUGUGGCAUCGGGCAGAGCACUUACUCCAGAGGUCCUACUGCCUCAAUAAAUUGGUUAGUAUCUAUGGCAACAUGCCCUUGAAAUACUCCAACAUCAUGAUUUCUCAGUUUGGCUUUCCAAACUAUGCUAAUCACAAGAGCAAAAUGUAAGGACACGAUACAAGGAAAUGCUUGACGUGCUUCCCAGCGAUUCAAACGGUAAGCUAAACAGAGAAGGGCGUACCUUAUUCGGAGCUUGUGUCUGCAAAAGCUCUUUGAGGAUGUGAGGUCUGGUAGAGCAUUCCUUCUCUCUGCUCAGCAUGCAAAAACCUUCAGUUGGAAUAGAAACAGCAAAUAGUCUUGUGGCUCCUUAACAACUCACCAAUUUAUUGCGGCCUAAGCUUUUGUGGACCGCUAUCCACCUCAUCUGUCCUAUCAAGUGCUGUCCUGAGUUACAGGUAUAUAUAUAUAUCUUCA